AUGAUACAACCGUACUCAUGGGCACUGUAUCGACCACCGGAUGAGUUGAACUAUUCACUGGUUUGGACGAGUAUUGGGAAGGAAGACGCGUGGGAUGAGAAAGCCUGUGACGACUGUAUGCAUGAGCUGUUGAACAAGACGAGGAGUGACGGACGAUGCAACUUAUCGGAAGAUUGCUGGCGUAAAGUCAUCUCAGAUGAACAAUCAGGAUACAGUUUAGCACAUCAAGUUAUCUACAUUCUACUCGGAAUAAAUAUAUGUUCUAUUGUGUACGGAGCCUCGAUUCCCUGUCUGUUACAUGUGCCCAUUACUGAUGAUUCAUAUCCACAGUCUGGUUGCUUAGAAGACUUGGAACGGAUGACCAGGGAGACGACAACGGAACGGUCGUUGGACAAACUAUUACAAACACUGUGCACUCGGAUCUUUAUUGAGGCAAACAGUUUGGCCGCGGCCGAUUUUCCCCUGGAAUAUCGGGACUUGUUUAUGGAACAAAUCGGAAUAUGCGGAGAUGCCGGUUUUGUCGAUCAGACCGAAUUGUCUUGGUUGGAGCACAUUUUGUCGUGGCAAGCACCGAUCGGUUGCUACUAUCAAUUUGACCAUGAAUAUAUUGAUCCAAUCAAUUUCGAUCCCAACGGAUACGGGACGUAUCGACGAAAAAAACGAGCAGAAAAAGCAAUGGGAAUAACGGGGACCACGGGGGCAACAACAACUAGGACAAUCACGAGCAGAAAAUCGGCCCGGAGGACAUCAGUGUCACCGUCAUCAUCACGACCACAAACAGCAGCAGCAGCGGCAGCAACAGCAACAGCAACAGCGGCGGCAACAGCCAAACCGCACAAAUGUCUCGCGCAUAGAACUAAUGUGGCACUGUUGGCGAUGCGAAGUUUUCUUGUGCGUUUUGUCGAAACACUGUACGGGGUCGGUGCACACUGA